CUAAGCUGACGAUGUCUGUAUGUUUGUUUUAGAAUCAAAAACUUUGCUAAAUGCCAAAAAAAAAUUCCACGAAGCAGACGGUGUGAACGGUCGACCUUUUCCCGAUUGGCAGAGCUCGUCUGAUUGAAACAAACGGCGCCUUUCGUGGCCAAAUGCGCUGCUGGCCUCCCACCAGCGGCUCAGGCUCCCAUCAGCUGUUUGGAGGACGGCUCGGAGGCAGAAAUGAUGUAAUCAGGCAGAGAGGCAGAGCCAGAGCUGGGUCCAAGCCGCGCAGCUGACACGGACGCGUCUCCGCUGCGAGGGAACGCGCUCGAAGAGCCCGCCUCAUGGAGCCGGUGAGCGAGGGAGCAGGUCGGUGGACGCGUCAUGUCGCAGGGGCUGUUUGAGCCGCGCGUCCUUUCUCCUCCCAGGAAAGACAGGGUUCUGGAUGCGGUCCGGCGGCACCACCACCGCCACCUCCUCCUCUUCCACCUCCAGCACCGGCCCAGAGAUGCUCGCUGGUGAAAUUCCUCAUCCGGGGUUGUGGAUGUAAUUAACCGCCCAUGCGGGCCAGCAGUCCUCUCCCCGCACCGAGUGGAAAUGCUCCCAUCGCCGCCGCCUCCUUCGUCGACAACGUCAGGCCGCUCGUGCUGUCGCCUUCUCGCCCACGAUGAUGACAGGAGGGCGCCCGCUUCGGGUUUCAGCACAUGCAGGCCCCCUCCAUCCCCCACCUUUUUUUUUUUUUUUUUUUUUUACUCCUCGUACGAAUCACAGAAUCGGCUCUGAUCUGAUGUAUUAAGAAGAACUAGUUUCCGCUUUUUUUGUUGUUGCUUAAUCACAUCUACUGCCGCGAUCGAUUUUCUUUUGUGUGUGUGUUUUUCCCCCUGACCUCGGGAGAUGAUUGCGGUGUCUCAGCGGGGGGGAAUGAGCUGAAGCCUGUCGUGAGCCCCGGUGACUUUACAGGAGCGUGGGGGGGUUGCUGACCGUCUGAUACAGCGUGGGGUAAAGGAUCGUUUGUCCUUCCGGCUCAGGUUUGAACCAUGGCCAAUGAACCUGUGAUCCUUAACGUGUAUGACAUGUACUGGAUAAACGAAUACACCUCCAAUCUGGGCAUUGGAGUCUUCCACUCAGGCAUCGAGAUUUAUGGCAGAGAGUUCGCGUACGGCGGUCACCCCUACCCUUUCAGCGGCAUCUUUGAAAUCAACCCCGGCAACGCGGCGGAGCUGGGAGAGACCUUCAAAUUCAAGGAGGCCAUUGUUUUGGGCACCACGGACUUCACAGAGGAGGACAUAGAUAAAAUCAUGGAGGAGCUCGGUAAAGAGUUCAAAGGGAACGCCUACCACCUAAUGCACAAAAACUGCAACCACUUCUCCUCUUCGCUGUCUGAGUUGCUCUGUGGAAGAGAAAUCCCCCGCUGGGUCAACAGACUGGCUUACUUCAGCUCCUGCAUCCCCUUUCUUCAGAGCUGCCUACCCAAAGAGUGGCUGACCCCGGCCGCUCUGCAGAGCCACAUCAGCCUCGGCCUCCACAAGGAGGAGCAGAAUGACUCGAGCGACGAGGACCCCACGUCGCCGUCCGGCGCGGCUGCCGCCGGCUCGGGCUCCUCCCACAGCUGUCGCCACACCCGGGUGUGACCCGACCGGCUCGCUCGCCCGCCAGCCCGCCGACCUCUGGACCCACGCCGCUGUUGCCGGCGGCUUCAGUAGGCUUUGAACAACCAACUGACCUCAAACUGUUUGGCCUCUGAAUGAAAAGAGACUGGAAGCGUGAGCUUGCUCUUUGGUGCGGGAACUGUUGACGGACUCUUCAAACCUGGAGACUCUUUGACGGAAAGACUGGAAGAAAACUCUGAGACCUCGAAGGGUCGGCUCUGACUCCAACCGUACACACUUGUAGAUCCGAAGUUUGUAGUGUAACAUUCUUAGUCUUUUCCACAAAAAUUCAAAAAAAACCUUUGUCAGCCUUGUCCCCUGCCCUGCCUUCGAAGCUGCUUUUGUAGAAAAAACAAAAACUUUCUAGAUAGUAACACUACCAGGAAACUGCUAAUCUCCGCAAGUUCGGCAAGUCCUCGUUUAGUAACCUCUAUGUGGCCUUCAGAUGAUAUCGCUGAUUCCAGUUUCUUAAGGUGUAGCUAUUCUGCGGCCAUUUCAGAGGAUGAACAGGUCAGUUUUGGGUGGGAGUUUGGGGUUGAUAUUUCCUUAAAGAGAGAAAAUGUUGCAUGUUGAGACAAUGUCAUAAAUUAGACAACUAACCGGAGAUGCGAUGGGGCGACGCAGUACUUGACCUCUUACAGAUUUCUUUUGUUUUAAAUUUUUAUCUCAGCGAAAGAUAACCCAAAUAGGUAAAAAAGCUGCUUUUCAGAUAAUUCCCUUUCUGAAGUGACAAAAGUUACCCAAACCAACUUGACAGUAGAUGAAAAUAGAAAUGUCCUCUUUAAUUUCAGCAGUCAGAUUCUAACUAUUGCCAGACAUGGAUAAGUCCCUUCAACCAAACCUGUCUGACAACUCAAAGUAGGCUAAAAGCUCACAGAAACCAACUGAAUAUUCCCAAAUUUAAAGAAAUUCAAGAAAUUUGCACUUCAGAGAACCACAAUGAGUGCCAUCAACCACAAAUGGAGAAAACUUGGAACGAUAGAAAAUCUUCCCAAGAUUGUCCACCUAACCCAAAAUUACUCCAAGAAUGCAUCAACAACUCAUGCAAGAGGUGAAAAAAAAUAACUCCUGCAAAAUUUCAAUCUUGGCUAUGCAAACCUCAGUUAUGGUCUCGGUUUAUGAAUUAACAACAAGAAAGAGACUGGGCAAAAAAACAAACAAACCCCUGUUAACUAUUGACGAGACAACAGUAGGACUUGGCCACAAACUCUGGCCAAGAGUUUGUGGCCUCAAACAAGCACUCUUGGGUUAUUCAGCAGGACUGAACCGUUGGAUCCGAACUGUCCAACUGCAGAUCGCCCAAAUAUAGGUUUGAGACUUUACAGUUUAGUGAGGUUAAGACCUAGAAACAUUAAGUUCAUAUUGUUCUCUUUAGAACAUACAUAGCUUGCUUGCGUAUCCAAGGAAACACCACCAAGUCCUCUAUCUGAAUGGCUAAAAACAUCAAAAAUAAAGAUUCUUAUGUUGACUAGCCACGAUCUAUUCUGAUUUACUUUGAGAUACCUAGAAAAUCUUCUUGUGUUGCUGACUGACUGGAAACAAUCCUGCAAAGACGAGAGGGUCAAAACUAAUCUACAAAGACAUAAAGGUCUCUUAGCGGUUGCUACAAAUGCGUGGCGGAAGAUGUUGCCACCAAAGAGUGGAGGGCAAUCGCAUUUUCUCAAAAGACCCGGUUGGUUUAAAUAGCCUUUUUGAUUGGAUUGCAUUGGAUGCGUAAUGGAAAUUGCAAAAAUAAACCGAAGAAAUCUGUGAGCUGGCAAAUACUUUUUACCCCUGUCGAGUCGUCAUGUGAACCCUCUCAUGAUCUUUUUGUAGAAGAAAAUCUCUUUACUGGGAAUUAUAGCGUGAAUAAGCCAUUAGCCGAGUAACCAGUUUCUUAACGGUUGCAAACAAUCAAGAGUGAACACUUUCAGUUGAAACAGCUGCUGUUCAGCGAGCCUCAGGCAGCUCGGUCACUGUCUCUGACCGUCUCAGAGAAAAGGUUCUAGCCGCCGUUCUCUCAGUUAGCGACUCUGUGACCUAGCGCAUUUUUUCUGGCUACUCUUUUAUAUCCAAGUGAUCUUUGUACUGUUAACAUUUUUUCCAGCCAGAGUCAGCUGGACUCCACCCCCCCUUUUCAUCAUUAGAACCACAGAGACAGAGGUGCUGCAAUAAGGAGGAGCAGAAAUCUGUCCUUUCCCUUCCAUCAAGAGUCCAUCAUGUUGUGUGUGCAGUUACUGUGAGUUCGGCUUAGCAUUAAGAUUGGCCCCUUCAUAGGUCACAGCUCAGCCCCGCUGUAUUGACUUCUUAAACUGUUUAUUGUGCCGGUGGCAAAACACAAAAGCGACAAAUCCGGAUUGGUUUUGAGAGAUUACGUGCUGAACUGUUUCUCGCUUUAGCACCAGCUGCACGGAAAGAGACGUUCCUGGAAUGUCUCUGGGUAUAAACACAUAAUAAUCGUCUAAAAAAACAAAACAAAAAAGAUGCAUUGUCUUGCCAUUUGAUUUUUUGGUGAUUUUUUUUUGGUGAUGAUUAUGCAAGCCACAUGUUAGAGAUGCUGGAAAGAAGAUUUUAAUACCCUGGGACACCUCUGUCUGCUUUACAACUCUGUUUCUCAAAAGGUGAGAUGACGUGAGAAAUUUAACCACGCGCAGAACGAGCCCAGAGGCGUACAGAAAAGGAAAUGACGACAAACUGAAACGCAUGUUAAACUGAUUUGCAUUUUCACAGCAAACGUUUGGGUAGUGCAGUAAAUAUCGUGUGUAGUUUGGAGUAUGUACUGAUUUUAUAAGUCGUGAUGUCAGCAAAGUGGAAGGUAAUCAUGUCGUUAUGGAUGCCGACUCCCAAAAUGUGCACUGGAAACAGUCUUAUAGGAACGGUGCCUUGCAAAAGUAUUCUUACCAUUUAAGGUUUUCCAUAUUUUUGUCACGUUACAACCGCAAUCUUCAAUGAAUUUUAAUGGGAUUUCACAGGAUAGAUCAAAACUAAGUAGUGCAUGGUUGUGAAGUGAGAGGAAAAUACUACAGCAAAGUUUUUGUAGCUUUGUACAGAAACUAUUUUAAAAUUAUGCCAUGCAUUUGAUGCCACCUUUUGUCACAAAAAUAGCUGGAACUCUUUACCUAUUCUCCUUUAGAAUACAGAUUUACUGAAUUUCAUCCACGCUUAAAAGGGGCUGAAUACAAAUGUGUGCCACACUUUUUAGAUUUUUAUUUGUGAAUUUUUUUUUUUUUUGUGCAAGUGCCACAAUUUCCAUUCGUUACACUAUUGUGGUGUAGUUUUACUGGCCUAUCAGUUUAAAUCUCAGUGAAAUUCAUUGACAUUUGCAGUUAAAAUGUGAAAACCGAGUAAAGCUCACAGAGUAUGAAAACUUUUCCUAGAAACUUUCACCACUUGUCUUUAGCAAGGAAGAAGAUGCAGCAUAAUAUGGUCCGACCCAAAGAAUUGUCAGAAUAAAAGAUUUGUGGUUUACAAUAUGAGGGCUAAGGUUUUCACACCGUAGUCUUUGUAUUUCCAUAUUUCUCCAAAUCUUUUAAACAUAUAUUUUGUUCUCUGGAUAAUAACAUCAAGCGUCUCCUCCUGAAAAGCUGUAUACUGGCCGGGAUUGUUUGUUUAUUUAUUUAUUUACCUGUUUUUAGGUAAAUUAGUCGUCAUUGGACACAUUUUUCACAAUUUUACUUCUUGUGUGGACUCUUUCUCUCCCCAAGCUUUUUGAAAUAUCACACCUAAUUUAAAAUGAGCAUGUUCAAUACGAUUCAUUUUUAUCACUCGACAUGACAUGUCUUAAUUCAAUAGGAUUUCUGUACUGGCCCCUACUCUUCCCUAUAUCUGCAGACAUAGUAGUGGCAUCGAUCCCUCAUCGCCAUGAUUGUGAUCUCGUGUGUUUACAGACAUUUUCCGUAAAGUUUUAUUUUUCUGUCGCAAGAACGACAGAUUUCUGCGAAGAGACUAUAUCGUCACGUGUUUCAUCAUUCCAAUCAUAAUUGGGCCCAAAGGCAUGACAGCAGACCAACAUAAACGACUGCGGUGGUCUGCAGUGAGUCCGGCUUGCGUUGGUUUUGUCCUCGUUGGCGUAAGGUUACACGAUUUGAAUCACUUUUCCUGGUCGUGCUGUUAACUUGUUGUGCUGCGUCGCUGAACAGCCGCCCCUCUCUCAGGAAGGAACUCGCAUGGCUUCUGGUACGACUGACUGAAUCCCACAGGGAAUGGGCUUAAAAGUGCAGAUCAAUCAUUUAACUUCUUCGUGCUGCUGAGUAAGCUGUAUCCUCAUUUACUGACAUGCUUUUGUCUUAUUUUCCCCCCACCAGUUUACUGUGUUGCAACCUUCAAUAUUGUUUUUUUGGAUUUUGUGAAACUGUACAGUGGUUCAGUGUUAAAUCCUGGAAUCUCUUUUGACACAGCAGGCCAGAGAGGCGUUGGAGAUUUUUUUUUAUUUGAUUUGAUUGUGUCUGUCAAAAAAUUGUAUUUCCUUCUCCUAACUCCAUAAAUCCCCCAAAUGAUGAUAAUUCUAGAAUAAAGAGAUUGACUGCAA